UUCUUCCUAGAAAGGAGAGGGAGACAGAAGGUGGUUGCAGAAACACACAAACCUUUUCACCUAAAUCCCCGCAAGCGUCCUGGCUGGAGUGAGCUCCGGUGACCACACCCAGCCAGACGCUGCCUGCUCCGCACAGGGAGGAGGCGGGAUGUGGGCAGGAGCCGGAGCCUCCUUUCGCGUUCGUCACUCCUGGACUUUCUCCUGGCUGGCGUGAGGGUGGGGAGGGGGUACCUCCGUGCCUUGUCUCUACUUCCUACCCUGUGAUGAGGCGCAGGCAUGCUCAGUAGCCGGUGCCUACCCCUCCUAUCUCAGCAACAGUGCCUACAACAGUAGGAGAGCGUUGGCAGCAGGCUCGGAGCCGGAAAGCCAUCUUUGCUGGAGAGGGAGGCAGCAGACCCCGCUCGUCCCCUCACCAUGUCUGCUCCAGCUCCUACCCAAGGUCCCACCAGUGCUGGGGCUGCAGGGCCUCCUCCUGCUACCAAUGUGUCAAGCAACAAACGGCUGCAGCAGACACAAGCCCAGGUGGAUGAGGUGGUCGACAUCAUGAGGAUGAAUGUGGACAAGGUGCUAGAGAGAGACCAGAAGCUUUCAGAGCUUGACAACCGGGCAGAUGCCUUGCAAGCAGGUGCCUCACAGUUUGAAACCAGUGCAGCCAAACUGAAGAGAAAAUACUGGUGGAAAAAUUGCAAGAUGAUGAUCAUCCUUGGUGUAGUAUGCGCAGUCAUUCUCAUUAUAAUUAUAAUUUAUUUCUCCACUUGAAAAAACAAAGAAGGAAGACUUGGCACAACUUUGUUCAUAUCAACUGACAAUAUCAGUGUUCCUUUGUUGAACUCCGCUUUUUAAUUCCUGGUGUCUUGGGAUUUUUGCUUGUAAUAACCCAUAAGCAUUCAGUGUGAUGUAUUUUGGAAUUCUGUUGUUUCCACAAGAAACUGUACCAGCUAAAUACUGCCAAGUAGUUCCAUACACUGUCUUAUCACUGUGUCUUAAAAUGUGUAUGCACUGACCUUCAGAAACUGUAGUAUAUGAAAAGCAUCCUAAAUCAACUCAGAAUCAGAGAAUACAGUUAUGGGGAAGCUCCUGCUUAAAGGGACACUGUCAGGUGCAUUGGACCCAAACCUAAGGUUGCAACAAACAUUAGGGCCUUCUCAAUCUGAGCACCUAAAGUUGGAUGGCAAAAUCCAUUGUCAGAUGUAACUUUUUGAGGAAGUAUCUGCUACUCCCAUUGAAGAGUGUGAUACCUGCAAGUAUUCAUGAAAGAUAUCAUAUUUCAACUUAGCCAACCAAACACAGAUUUUUUGAGAUUAGUUGUAGUAUCCAAGUCUAAAAACAUUGCCUGAAGAAAAUAAAUAAGACUAGUUUAUUAUCUUCUAUGGAUUUAAAUUUUUCCUUAUGGGAAGCACCUUAUGGUAUUCCAAACAACCAAGAUGGCCUCAAUAUGAAAGCCAGAAAGAAAACUGUAUGACAACUAAAAAGCAUUAGCUCGUACAAUCUUGGCAAAGCCAAGUGAAAUGCAAAAUUGGUAACACAAGCAUCGUCAAUGACUAAGAUACAGGCUCUUGCUAAAAACUCAAGGCACUGUUUGUCAGGCUUCAUGGGACUCCUGUGAAUGCCAAACCCCAAUAGUUAGGCCCUGACUUGAAGCACAUGAACAGCUUUGGUGAUGUCUGUGGCUUCCCAGCACAGCUGUAGGAAGCUACCUCUGCACCGGUGUGCAGGAAUGGUCCCCACUGGGAGGAUCAUUCAAAAAUCAGGAAGAAGAAGGUAUGGGGGAAUAGUGGAGAGAGGCUGAGAAAGGGAAGGUGCCUAGCAAAGCUUUCCUGGAGAAGAGGAAGGCAAAGAAACACUGUUCAAAGUGGUGGUGUUAAUAGGCUUUUAAAAAUUGAUUUUGUGUGUGUGUGUAUAGUUCAUAAAUUAUAGUCAUCUUUGUAAAGUGCUCAGCUGAGAUACCUAUCAUACUCAAUAAGUUUAAACUAACAUUUGAUGUAACUAAAAGAAAUAUAUUGUGGCUUGAGAGAAA